AUGGCAGAUCCCAAGUUAGCAUCAUGGAUUCCAUGGAGUAAGUUGACAACUACAAAUGAACAGCCAAGCAGAAGGCGACUGUUCAACAUGAACAAAAAUUCAACGAAAGACGAAGACCUGAAGCAAGAGUAUGAGAAGAUUAUCGAUGAUCAACCAGCAAGCGGUGUGAUUGAGAAAGCCCCAGAUGAGCCGUUAGGAGAGCGAGUGUACUACAUGCCACAUAAGCCAGUCGUAAGGCAAGAAUUAGUUGAAACAGUGACUGCCCUUAGAGAAAAUACGUAUGUGGACAAAACAAGUAACAGGAUUUUAAAAACAAGUAACAAUCUAAUUUUAUCCAGAUUGACAUUUAAGUGGCAGUCCCGCUAAGAGCGGUCCGAUGACUUUGACUUCGGAAAAUAGAUUUCCUUUAUUUUUUGUGUGUUGAAAGGCAUUGGUAUACAAGUGUCCAAAAUAAAUUUAUUUUUUGAAAAUUCUUUUUUAUGGCUUCGCUAGACGCCGAAACUCAUUUUACCCGUGCAGAGCUAAUUUCAAGCAAAAUCGAAGGUUGAAUUUCGGUAAAUUGUAGAGCCACGCUGUGUCAAAACGCCUGACUAUUUCCAAAUUUCAACUAGAUCAAUAAGUUAAGAUACAAUUCAGGUUCCCUGUUCCAAAAAAUAAGAGCAUUUGAAUAAAUUGUGAAUAAAGGACAGCAACUUGACGGCACACCGGUUUUUGCUUCUUGUUCGGUCUACAAAAUUGCACUAAAUUCGAAGCCUGAGAUCUCCAAAUGGGGACCUAAAAUUACGCUGAAAUGUGUUUGGCUGUAAUGAUUUAUACUUAUUUUCAGAAGAUCUGAAGAAAAACCUGCGGGUAUCAAUCUGUAUUUGGCGCGAGUUAAGAUUUUCUGGAGCCCAUAAUCAAUGAUUUUUGCAUAAUUUAUAGCUAUUAACAUAUUUCUUGAGAGGCGCUAAAAGUUAACAAUUUCUUUCUGACUAACCGCAUAUCUCAGAUGAAAGAAACUACCACAGCUAGUAAUACCCUUUUUGUAAAUAUAGUCGUAAUGUUCUUUUCCUGACACGCUGAGAGAGCUUUGUUUUUUAAUGUUAUGCCACAUUUAUUCAGUCUGACCAGAUUCAUAUAAAUGUCACGAACUUGUAUAUUUCAAAAAUAUACCAGUAAUCAGAAUUCAGAAAGACCGAUUAUUCUUUCAUUGAUUCAGUUGAUUGAUUUAGUUGAUUGAUUUAAAAAACUAUAAGUAUAAUAGAACAUUCCACGUAUUUCCAUUGCCCCUAUAUAGGCCUAGAAUUUUUAUCAAUAUGUUCUAUUUUUCUGUGGCGACGGCAUAGCCUAUUAACAAAAUACGACACAAAAAUGUACAUUCGAAUUUAUGACCGACAUAUCAGAAUGUUAUUUAUGAAGUUUGAAUUGAAUUUACUUAACGCGAAAUAAAUACUAAAAUAGGAAUCAUAGUUUAUGCUGGGUUAGUAAAAGAAAAAGCAUAAUUUUAAUUGUAUGUAACUUCGAUGAAUACUAUAAAAAAAUUAUACGCAAUGUUUAUAUAAAUUAGCUAACAUUUUUAACAAAAAUAUCAAUUUUAUAAAUAAUCGAAUUUCAAUAUUUUUCUUUGAAAAAAAAAAUAUUCGUGAGCUCCAUAGCUGAGAAUAAAUUUCAAAAGUUUGUGAAUUAAAAUUCACAAGACACAAGUUUGAUAUUUUUAUUAAAUAACUGAUCAGAAUGCUUAUAGUUUAUUUUGUUACAUGGCUAAAACAAACGUCGCUACUAUCGUAAUAAAUAUGUAAAUGUUAUAGCUAAUUUAUAUAUUAAAACAAUGCGUAUAAUUUUUUUUAUAGUAUUCAUCGAAAUUACAUACAAUUAAAAUUAUGCUUUUUCUUUUACUAACCCAGCAUAGAAAAUUCCUAUUUUAGUAUUUAUUUCGCGUUAAGUAAAUUCAAUUCAAACUUCAUAAAUAACAUUCUGAUAUGUCGGCAUAAAUUCGAAUGACGGAAUGUACAUUUUUGUGUCGUAUUUUGUUAAUAUGCCGUCGCCACAGAAAAAUAGAACAUAUUGAUAAACAUUCUAGCCCUAUAUAGGGGCAAUGGAAACACAUGGAAUGUUCUAUUAUACUUAUAGUUUUUUAAAUCAAUCAACUAAGGGACGGACCAUUUGAUUUUUGAUGGGGGGGUGGGUAGAUUUUCAGUUUGCUCGAUAUUUUUUUUCCGCCUCCUGACACUGUUCGAUUUUUUUUUGUCAGUCAGAGGACUUGCACGAUAUUUUUUUGUAUGCAUGUAUAUACAUAAUUUUUUAGUUUUUUGUUUUUACAUUUUUUGGUAUAUAAUAGGUAAUUGGACAAGUACUGAUGUAAGACAUUGUGUAGCCUAAAUAAUGAGGACCAGUAUUCAAAAAAUGGUUGUUCUCCAUUUCUUUACUCCGACUCCUAUGAUGAACAUGUACGUAAAAAAACUAGGGAAACUACGAGGUAAAGUAGGUGAAAUUUUUAUGGGACUCCACAAAAGGUGAGGAUAUAAGAGUGAGAGAAAUUGAGUAGGAAAGGCAACCCUAUACGCGUUUCGACCAAACAGUCUUCUUCAGCAUGGUUUUUUUUUAAGGGGGGGGGGUAUAUAGAAUUUGCAGAGGAGAAUUAGAAAGGAGAGUUUAGGGGUUCGGAAAAUAAUGUGAACUUUGAUCCUCUACGUAGCAAAAUCCACAUCAGAACUAGCUAUAGCUAUCUAUUGGUCAUGUCGUAUCAUUCAUUUACUAAUCUCUGUUUUGGUAUAUAAUUAUGUACAUGUUUUAAUUAUUACACCAGUACUCUUACACCACUGUCACUUACACCAGUACGCACAUGUUCAUCAUAGGAGUCGGAGUAAAGAAACUAAUAAAGAACAACCAUUUUUGGAAUGAUACUGGUCCUCCCAUUAUUUAGGCUACAGGGCUUUAGGAAGCUCUUUUUGAUUGGGGGGCUGAAAGCGAGGGCCGAAGGCCCGAGGAAAUUUUUAAAUUUAGAGUCUCUGAAAUGCCAUUUCCUGGACCUUGCAGCCCCCAGCUAGGGCUACACGCGGCUCUGGGCUACACGCGAAAAUGCACCAAAUGGCAAAUAAGGAUUACCACUCGAAAGUCUUGCUCGAUAUUUUUUUUCGUCCGUUUAUUCUUGCACGAUAUUUUUUUAAAGUUCGAAUUGCUUGCCCGAUAUUUUUUUUGGGAUUCUACCCACCCCCCCAUCAAAAAUCAAAUGGUCCGUCCCUAAUGGCCAUCAACUGAAUCAAGGAAAGAAUAAUCGGUCUUUCUGAAUUCUGAUUUCUGGUACUGAUAUUUUUGAAAUAUAUAAGUUCGUGACAUUUAUGAAUCUGGUCAGACUGAAUGAAUGUGGCAUAACAUUCAAAAACAAAGCUCUCUCAGCGUGUCAGGAAAAGAACAUUACGACUAUAUUUACAAAAAGGGUAUUACUAGCUGUGGUAGUCUGUUUCAUCUGAGAUAUGUUAGUCAGAAAGAAAUUGUUUACUUUUAGCGCCUCUCAAGAAAUAUGUUAAUUAGCUAUAAAUUAUGCAAAAUCACUGAUUAUGGGCUCCAGAAAAUCUUAACUCGCGCCAAAUACAGAUUCAUACCCGCAGGUUUUUCUUCAGAUCUUCUGAAAAUAAGUAUAAAUCAUUACAGCCAAGCACAUUUCAGCGUAAUUUUAGGUCCCCAUUUGGAGAUCUCAAGCUUCGAUUUUAGUGUAAUUUUGUAGACCGAACAAGAAGCAAAAACCGGUGUGCCGUCAAGUCGCUGUCGUUUAUUCACAAUUUAUUCAAAUGCUCUUAUUUCUUGGAACAGGGAACCUGAAUUGUAUCUUAACUUGUUGAUCUAGUUGAAACUUGGAAAUAGUCCGGCGUUUUGACACAGCGCGGCUCUACAAUUUACCGAAAUUCAACCUUCGAUUAUGCUUGAAAUUAGCUCUGCACGGGUAAAAUGAGUUUCGGCGUCUAGCGAAGCCAUAAAAAAGAAUUUUCAAAAAAUAAAUUUAUUCUGGACACUUGUAUACCAAUGCCUUUCAACACCCAAAAAAUAAAGGAAAUCUAUUUUCCGAAGUCAAAGUCAUCGGACCGCUCUUAGCGGGACUGCCACUUAAUUAGUUUAACAACAAUAAACAACAUUGUCGCUGCCUUGAAUUCGCAGCUAGCCCUGGGUACGAGGUUGCAUUGAGAGACUGUGAAGAAUUUAAUAUAUUUUUAAUUUUGUAAGUAUUUUUUAUUAAAUUAUAAUGUAUACUACAAAUCACAAAUGUGUGAUGAGUUCGGUAUAGUGUGGUGUGUCAAUGAAAGAAUUUUACCUGAACUGGAACUUCAAUGGCAUUAUCUUUGCUAGGGAUGAGCCGAUAAGGAAAAUUGCCGAUUACUGAGGCCGAUUAUUUAUAAGCCGAUUAUCGUAACUAAUCGGUACCUGCCGAUUAUUUUAAAAAGCAAGAGAAAAAUCACAAGAUGCAUGACCAACAAUGAAGUUGUAAAUGCGCUUUUAUUGUUUACAGUACACACUAUGUACGAUUAAAAUCUGCUUCAACCUCGCAUGUCAAUAGUCAAAGUUAGUUUUGGCAGAUUAUGGUGUAAAAACAGGAUUUUGUCAGCUUUAUGCGGAGCUAGUUUUUAGACCUUUUCAACUGCUGACAGUGAUUAAGAACAAAAGACGCGGGUUUUGCAACAAAAUGUGAAAAUCUAUUCGCUUGUAUUCAGUAUUUUAGCAUGUGAUUGACAGCUGCAGAAAAAGUCUUAUGGCCGAUUAUUUGCCGAUUAUCAGGCAAUAAUCGGCCGAUUACCGAUUAUUUAAAAAAUGGCCGAUUAAUUGGCUUUGCCGAUUGUUUACCGAUUAAUCGGCUCAUCCCUAAUCAUUGCAAUAGGCCACAUACUGAAUUAAAUUUCUUGAUUCUUAUCACAAACCGACUGUAUUUUAAGAGCCGCGUGAAUAUUUUCCAUAUUUCGUUCCGACAAAAUAUUUCAAGACAAUUAAGUUUAUUUUAUAUAAUACCUUAUUGAAUUCUGAUCGUUUAAUUGGCUGUUUAUGGUCACGUGAUAUUGAAUAGAAAAUCCCAUUUCGCAAGAGUGCAAUGGAAUACGUUCCAUUGCACUCUUGCGAGUGCAAUUGUACUAUACGUUUUAUUCCAUUGCACUCUUUAUGUUUUCGAUAAAUCACAUCCGUCAAAAUGCUUCUCGUACGGUGAUCGCAGUUUAUUUUAAUUCGAAACUCAGUAAAUGGGAUUUAAUGCAAAUACGACUCGUCAUAAUGGCGGGAGCUUACAGUAAACAUUUUAAUAUUAGUCUAUUUUGGUAUUAUAUAAAUGAUACUGAUAAUUUCAUUGCAUUUUAAAGGAACUUCGCAUUCAGUUCAAGCACAGUCUAGCAAGAUAUGAUGGUCGGAAAUCACAGAACUAUUAAAUGUAACUUAUAUAUAUGAAUUACUUUUAUUCCACGACGCGGCUAGCGAAGACGCGAGUUAGCAAGGCUUGGUAACUAUCGCGGCCAACGCGUCUUGUGUAAUUAAGUUGAAAACGUGAAUUUAAGUUCUUAACUUUUUAUUUUUGAUGAAAUGGUACCUUUGAUUACAUUUUCCAUUUAAAUUCGCUCUUUCAAAAACAAAAAUUAAUACAAAGAUUUUGAAAAACCUAUAAUUUUCCCGCCAAAAUAAACGUUUUGUGCUAGUGCGUUGUGUUGUAACGUAGGGACCAGAAAAGGCGACGCGGCUUCUCGGCUUGGGUCGCGCUAGUCACCAAGCCUUUCUAACGCGUCUUCUCUAGCCGCGUCGUGAAUCGUAAACUCUCUAUUAAAUGUGGUGAUGAGAAUCAAUGAAUUUAUAAGUUGUGUGGCAUUGAAUUACAGCUCUGUCCAUAACACUGAAAUAACCUGACACUGCGGUUGCGGUUCGGCCAACCGAUAGAAGUUGAGGUCGACCGAUAGAAUGUAAAUAUAUGGCAGCGUAACUAUACAUGUUUAGUCCGAUCUUACAGUCAUAUAUAGAAAUAUUUCACUAUAGUUAGGGCCUCGUAUCAAUGUAUGUUUGUUUUGUAUCAGGGCCUUCGCUCGAAACGUCGACGUUUUGGUUGUAUUUUUCAGGAGGGGUAGGUGAAUCUCUAUCAAUCCACAACUCCGUGUUUUGCAGUAUUGUAUAUUUCUAUGAAUGGGUUGAAUCACUUCCAUAUUCAGUAUAGCAUCGCGGCCUCCGGGACUUUGUAUUGAACUAGCAAACGGUCAGCUUUACAGUUUCAGAUUCGCAGCAUGAGGACCCGCACGAUGUGUGAAAAAAUUAAGGGAAAAUGUGUUCGUUCCCAUGGCAUUUGUAAGGCAGGCGUUUGAGGGUUGACAUAUACAAAUUAAAUUAACUCACCCAAUUAUAUCAUACUAGUGUAAUUUAAUGUCCGUUUUAUUCUUCGUUUAAAUAUUGAUAAGCUACAUCCGAUUUUGUAAUAAUUUAAUAAUUCCUAAUGGCUUAUCACAUUUGUCAACGCCGUAGUUGGGAGUUAUACAUGCAACACGCGCCAAUUUCGAACAAAACCCGCUGUGUGCUUAGAUCAAUGUGCGAAAUAUACUUUCCAGUAUAUUCGCAUUGGUUUGACUAUAGCAAGAAUUAAUGCGUUCAAUGACUUGCUCUUUGGCCAUCUGAAAUCUGGUAGAAGCACGAAGGAAUCGCAACCUUACGAUUGUUCUCCAGCGAAGUAGAAAAGGUAUUAAAUAUCGCUGAUCUUAAAGACCACGACAUCAAACAGCCAUAAUAUGGAUGGAGACGGCUCAGACCCUGCAGGAAACGACCUAGAGCCAAGUCCAAAGCGUGUUCGAAUGGAAAGACAAGAACAAGAGAUUGUUAUUCUCUCCGUGCGCGCCAAAAUUACAUCGCAGCGCGCGUCAACUAGCGCGCGGCGAUGCGUCGCAUUAAAACGAAUGGCAAGCAAUUCAUCGGAAAUCCCUGACUGUUGUUGCGUGUGCCUAUCAGGAGAACCUCGAGGAGAACACGAUAUUAUAUAUCGGCAUCAGAAGGCGGUUGUCGGGUAUAUAAUAUUCUGA